AUGACCCUGCACUUCCUGGGUCACCUCUUCCCAGCCUCCCCUCCCCACUGUCUGCUCCAUGUAAGCCCAGGGGCUGAGACAGAGCCACCAGCCCCAGCUCCUGGAUGGGCACCAAUGAUGCUGCUGCUGCUUCUGCUCUCCAAGGCCUUUGUCCCGCUUCAUACUGAUCAGCUCAUCGGGGGCCAGGAAGCCCCGCUUGGCUCCAGACCCUACAUGGCCUAUGUACAAAUAGGGUCAAAGGGAAGCUGCAGAGGGUUCCUGAUCCAGGAGGACGUGGUGGUGACGGCGGCUCAUUGUAACUGCAACGUGGAGUAA